UUAAUAACGUUGAUAAUUAAUUAAUGAUGAAGAAUAAGCACUGUGGGAUCAAUGACUAAUGUGUAUGUGAAUGGAAGCACAGAGCUUUGCGCAUAAGAUAUAUUAACGUUCUUUUAUUUUUCCAUUUGGAUAUUUUCUUUCGGAGACAGGUUUCCUUCGCUUGGAAGGUUAAGCAUAUGCGUGUAGUGUUAGACGACAAGGACACGGGAAAGUCAGUGGUGGGGUUGGCUUUUUCUUUUGGAAAUAUGGUUCUACGCGUUUGUAAAUAAUAUUCACUUUUUCUUUUAAUAUAAAUAAAUAAUCACUUGUUUUUCAGUCUGUUUUACAUUCCUUUGACCCUAUCCUAUUUCUCAGUUAUUCCAAAUUCUUUUUUUUUUAGUUCUUGUUUUUUGUGAUUUAAUUUUAAUGUGAAAAUACUGCUAACUGAAAUUACAAUAAUUUAUGAGUUGUUCAAUUCAGAUGCAGUUCGAAUCAAUUAAUUAACAUAAUUUAUGAGUUGUUAAAGGCUUCAAAUUUAAGAUUUUGUGAAACUAUGAAAAAUUUAAAUAAAAGGAAAUUCAGUGCAGAAUCUUGAAACGAGUAUCAAUGCAAAAUAGUAGUAAAAGAUAACGACGCAAUGCAUUAGUUUGGAGGAGAAAACAUAAGAGUACAUUAAAAAAUAUAAAUAAAAAGCCACAAAUUUAGAAACAGAGAGUGGACGGUACUGGUUCCCCCUCUCUCAGAAGUUAAGAGAGAAGAAGAAAGGAAACCCACUGACACUUUCCAAUGAGUAAAAAAAUAUCAGUAGUUUCGUCUUGUUGCUUUGUAAAUAACAUGUGACUUCUUCGUUGAAUUUUCCUUCCCUUCUCUUUUGGGUUGGAUUGAAGUUAGAAAUCCUGUUUCCUCUUUGAUCAUCUCAUAGUGUUCCUCAAAAUUAAAGAUGAGCUGUAGCGACCCUAUCAACCGAGGUUCUUCGUCUCGUUUGUCACCGUAUGCUCGGCCUUUUACUGUUAACCAAUCUUCAAUCUCUAAUCAUCCUCAAUACCCACCACCGAGGAUUGAUGAUCAUCGCUGCGAGGACAAAGAUAGUGCCUUCUUUAUCCCUUAUCGUUUCUCUUCCACACAAGGAAAGCUUCCUGCUGAAGGAUUGAAGCCAUGUGUUCUAAGAUCUGGUAGUUUGUAUGAAAAUUUCAUUGGCACCUCAGGUAUAGACAGUGAAAAUAGUUCAAAAACUACCAACCAGAUUGAGUGGUGUGUCCCUUUCCCAGACACAUCAGAACUGUGUUCCACCUCAAUACAUGGAGAUACUCAGAGUGGGUUAGCAUACCAAAUCACUUGCAGCUCUAGUGAUUCAAACAUCAGUUUUUAUGAUAGAUACUUUUCACAACCACUUGAUUCUCAUGCAGCAACACUGAAACUUUCCUGUGUAUCAGAACAUUCUUCUCCAGUUCAAGUCUCUGGACCAUCAGGCACCGGUGCAGGUUAUUUACCUCUUAAUCUUCUUUUGCAUCACAGUAUGCAAUCUGAUGGGUAUGGUGCAUUCAGCAAUACUAGUUGUAAUCCAGUCAUAAUAGAAGAUCGCUGUACCCUGUUGAAUACCACUAAUAAGGACACCUUGCGUGAAAUCCUGUUAGAGAAAAGCCAGGAUGCGGAGAAUGGUAAAUCUAAAACUAACGAGGUCAUUGAUUCCUUAACCAUGCCACAGGUCCCAUAUUCUAGUGUUCCUCAUGAGUUGACUGUAAAACUGCAAGGUGCUGAAGAAGGGAAUUCAGAUUUGGAUUCACCUUGCUGGAAAGGAACCCUGGCUGCUAAUCAGUCAAUACUUGAAGACUCUGGACCUGUGAACGGACAACAACUCAGGAGUGGACAAGAAGAACUAAAUAGUUUAAGUCUUCUUGCAUCCGAGCUGUUUGCUAGCAGUGAUAAACAAAAUUGUUACCGUGUAAAUGAAUGUGAUGAGGACAGUUCCUCAUUUUUCCAUAAGACUGCAUCUUCAGCAGUUCCUUUGCAGCCUGUGGAACAGAGAUCAGCCAAUUCUGUUACAACAGGAUCAGCUUUUUCAGAAUUGACUAAUGUUAUUUGGUCUUGUUGCACUAAUGAUGUCUGUCUUCCAGAUAAGGAAGAUGCCAUACUCAAGAACUCAAAUAAUAGCUCUAUGCUCAAAUCUUGCAUCCUUGAACCUUCAUCUGUGGAAGAUCACUGCUAUUCAAAUAGCCAGCUUGUGACUGGGCCAAAUAUUGCAGGCACUUUGAGAGGGAUCAGAGAAUCUGUACAGCAUGGUUCAAGUCGAAUUUCAUUUGAAAACAAAAAUGUUAUUAGUUCCUCUUCCUGUAGAAUCCAUAUUCCUUCUGAUUUUACUGAAACAUGUCAGGGUGCAAGUAGAUCUUUUUCUUGCCCUCCGAGAUUACAUAUUCAAAAAGUGGUUAAUACAAUGAAUGAACUGUCAGAAUUACUUCUGCACAACUGUUCAAAUGAUUUAGAUUCUUUGAAUGAGCAUGAACAUGAUAUAAUUGAGCAUAUUAUCAAUAAUCUUACUGCUUGUAUCAGAAAUAGGAAUGGGAGAAGAACUCUGAUGCCUGAAGCAACUCAUCCAUGCACUUCAUACUGUCAUAGGAAGUCAGCUGAUAUCCUCAAGACACAGAUCAUUGAGAAGGAUAUGGCAAAAGAUCAUGAAAUCAAAGAUGUGAACCCUCGAGUUAUGUUGUACAAGAAUCUAUUACUGGAGACUCGAGCAGCACGGCGUUUCAUUGAAGCCUAAAGAAUAUGUUGAGUUUGAAAGCCAUAGUUGAUAGAUGCCAACGACUAAUCAUAGGCUAAUUAUUUGAGGUCCCCUGAAAGUUGUCCAUUUAUAUGUUAAUGUUUAUAUUUUGUUGUCUGCUGUCAGGGAGGCCACUUUAUUUAGAGCUGUUUUUUUGUCUGCAUUGGAGUACAAAAUGAUAAUGCACCAAAAUGGAACUUGCAUAGUAACGCUUUGGGGAUGCAUAGCAGAUGCUGUCUCUCAGGUGCAUGCUGUAUCCAGUGAAAGUUUCAAAGUUCAUCCUUGCAGUAGUGCUGUAGCUUUUUAGUUUCUUCUGCCUAUAGACUGGAGGGUUAUCAAUGAGAUUGUGGGGCUUUUUGUGUCUGUGUCCUCUUGUAAGAAAUGACAUGGCAUUUUGGACUUGUGGGUUUUAAUCUAAAUUUUUUUUUGUCAAA